CACAUCCCACCAUUGUUCUACUACACUCAGCAAGAGUACCAUGCUACUGCUACCCUACACUACACUACAAUACAAAUAAUUAUAAUACUAAUUCAUUAACCCUUUCCUUCUUCUUCCACCACACACAACACAUGCACUCUCUCAUCUACAUACUUUUUUCCCUUUAAAUUUUCCAUCUUCCCUUCACUUCACCUCGCAUACCACUUCCAUGGCUGCCUUUUCCACCUUCUUAGUUUUUCUAUUUCUCGUAGGAACUCUAACACAGGUUGCUUUUUCUUCCGACCAAGAAAAGAAAAAAACUUUCAUUGUCCAAGUUCAUCACCAAACAAAGCCUUCGAUUUUCCCAACACACAGACACUGGUAUGAGUCAUCACUGUCUUCCAUUUCCAGCACCGCUUCCGUUAUCCACACCUAUGACACCGUUUUUCACGGCUUCUCUGCCAAGCUCUCACCUUCCGAGGCACAGAAGCUGCAGGCGCUCAGCCACGUCAUCACUCUCAUACCCGAACAGGUUCGACAGCUUCACACCACGCGCUCCCCUCAGUUCCUCGGUCUCACCACCGCCGAUCGCGCUGGGUUGCUGCACGAGACUGAUUUCGGCUCGGAUCUCGUUAUAGGUGUAUUCGAUACCGGAAUCUGGCCGGAGCGCCAGAGUUUCAGCGGUCGCGACCUGGGGCCCGUUCCUGCCAAGUGGAAGGGCGAGUGCGUCGCCGGGAAGAGCUUCCCGGCUACCUCAUGCAACCGGAAAAUCAUCGGAGCCAGGUACUUCUCCGAAGGGUACGAUGCCACCAACGGGAAGUUGAACGAGACCGUGGAGUUCCGCUCGGCAAGAGACUCCGACGGCCACGGCACGCAUACGGCGUCCAUCGCUGCUGGAAGGUACGUGUCGCCGGCGUCAACGUUGGGUUACGCGAAAGGAGUCGCCGCCGGCAUGGCGCCGAAAGCGCGGUUGGCGGUGUAUAAAGUCUGCUGGAUGGGCGGGUGCUACGGCUCCGACAUCCUCGCCGCGUUCGACGCUGCCGUGGCCGACGGCGUCGACGUUGUGUCGCUUAGCGUCGGAGGAGUGGUGGUGCCGUACCACCUCGACGAGAUUGCGAUUGGCGCCUUCGGCGCCACCUCGGCUGGCGUUUUUGUCUCCUCCUCAGCUGGCAAUGGCGGUCCCGGUGGCCUCACAGUGACGAAUGUGGCGCCGUGGGUUACCACCGUAGGCGCUGGAACUAUAGACAGAGAUUUUCCGGCCAGUGUUAAGCUUGGAAAUGGAAAAAUAGUGCCCGGGAUUAGUAUUUAUGGUGGACCUGGUUUAACUCCGGGUCGGAUGUACCCGAUUGUGUAUGGGGGUAGUGGACAGUUUGGUGGUGGCGGCGGCGGUGGAGGUAAUGGUUAUUCUUCUUCACUUUGUUUGGAAGGUUCCUUGGAUCCCGAGACUGUGAAAGGAAAAAUUGUUGUGUGUGAUAGAGGGAUUAAUGCAAGGGCAGCUAAAGGUGAAGAAGUGAGAAAAAAUGGAGGGGUUGGCAUGAUUUUAGCCAACGGUGUGUUUGACGGUGAAGGGUUGGUGGCGGAUUGCCACGUGUUGCCUGCCACGGCGGUUGGUGCCACAGCGGGCGAGAAAAUCCGUGGGUACAUUGGUAAUUCGCGGUCACCGGCAACUGCCACAAUUGUGUUCAAGGGAACAAGGCUCGGUGUUAAGCCAGCACCUGUGGUGGCAUCAUUUUCUGCCAGAGGGCCUAACCCUGUGUCCCCUGAGAUUCUGAAGCCUGAUGUUAUAGCCCCAGGGUUGAACAUUCUUGCAGCUUGGCCUGAUCAUGUAGGACCUUCUGGGGUUCCCUCUGAUGGGCGUAGGACUGAGUUUAACAUACUUUCUGGGACUUCCAUGGCUUGUCCUCAUGUUUCUGGUUUGGCUGCUCUGUUGAAGGCAGCACAUCCUGAUUGGAGUCCUGCUGCUAUUAGAUCAGCCCUGAUGACCACUGCUUAUACUGUGGACAACAGAGGUGAUCCCAUGUUGGAUGAAUCCACCGGAAAUGUUUCCUCAGCCUUUGAUUAUGGUUCUGGCCAUGUUCAUCCUGUUAAAGCCAUGAACCCUGGCUUGGUUUAUGACAUCUCCCCUUCUGAUUAUGUGAAUUUCUUGUGCAAUUCAAAUUACACCACCAACAGCAUCCAUGUGAUCACAAGAAAGAGUGCAGAUUGUAAAGGAGCUAAAAGGGCAGGGCAUGCUGGGAAUCUGAAUUACCCUUCAUUCUCUGCAGUGUUUCAGCAAUAUGGAAAGAAGAGAAUGUCUACACAUUUUAUCAGGACUGUAACAAAUGUCGGCGACGCUAAUUCAGUGUACAAGGUCACCAUCAAGCCACCAGUUGGGAUGGUGGUCACAGUGAAACCAGACACCCUGACUUUCAGGAAGAUUGGUCAGAAAUUGAACUUUCUUGUUAGGGUACAAACUAGGGCUGUUAAGCUUACACCUGGAAGUUCUAGUGUCAAGAGUGGUUCCAUAGUUUGGUCUGAUGGAAAACAUACUGUGACAAGCCCCUUGGUUGUCGCAAUGCAGCAACCUCUGGAUUAGUCUUUGAGGCUUCUGGGUGUAGAAAGAACAUGGGAUUUUAUCCAUCUCGGAUAUCUUGUUAAAAAAAUAGCUCUAUAUGCUUAUUAGAGUAUGUGUUUGUGAAGGUGUUCCAUUGUUAGAAAGAGCGUGAAGGCACCAAAAAGGAGGAUGUUCUGAAAUUAAGAAAAGGCAUGGUGGGAGUAUAAAUCUCUUGUUGUAUAAUUAAGAGUGUUUGUAGAAAAUGCUGUGUUCAGAAGAGGAUGAGUAUAUUGGAAAGAUCUUUUCCUUUUUUA